AUGAAGUGGCGGAGGAGGAAGCUCGGCCUCCUGUCGCUGCUCGCCACAGCCGCCGCGCCGAUAACCGCCGUCUCUGGCACAGCACCUCCCAUCGACGAAGCCAUAGCGCUCCCCGGCCCCGUCCUCCCAUCACCGCCCAACACGCAACCGCCAUUACCUGCCGAGCACUCCUUUUCCCUGCGACACAUCUUCCACCAUGGAACACAUCAACAUCCCCGCCUCCACCGGAAGCGCGACAUCAUGACCAGCGCCAGUGCCGCGCCCAACGUCUGGCUCGCCGCCGAGGACGAAUACGCCAGGGAGGUCAUGGGUCCGCUGAAGGCGCGAAGCAAAGCCGUCACGAUAGAACGCUUGGUCGACCGCCGCCCUCACGUCGUCGACCCCAUGGUGGCCGCCGCGCGCGAGAGGGGCUACGUCAACAUGCUGAGCCCGACGGCAUGGACCCUCGACGACACCCCCGGACCGGACGUGUCAGACAAGGAGACCAUCUUGACGCUGGCGCGCAUGACGGCCAACGCCUACGUCGAGGACGAGGAGCACCCCGACUGGGAGGACGUCGGGGCGCCGUUCAACCGGAGCGCCGACUUUGGCUGGCAGGGGGAUGGUCUCCGCGGCCACAUUUUCGCCGACGAGAACAACGCGACCGUCGUCAUCGGCCUCAAGGGCACCUCCAUGGCCGUGUUCGACGGCGACGGCACCACGACCCACGACAAGAUCAACGACAACCUCUUCUUCAGCUGCUGCUGCGGGCAGCUGGGCCAGUGGACGUGGCUCCGCGUGUGCGAUUGCGCCACACCGGUCUACAGCUGCAACAACACGUGCGUCGUCGAGGCCAUCACGGACGAGCACCGGUACUACGCUGCGGCACGCGAGCUGUACGCCAAUGUGACCGAGCUGUACCCCCACGCCGACAUUUGGCUGGCCGGCCACUCCCUCGGCGGCGCUGUGAGCUCGCUCCUUGGUCUGACCUACGGGCUGCCCGUCGUCACCUUUGAGGCCGUGCCCGAGGCGCUGGCGGCAGGCCGCCUCGGACUGCCGGUGCCCCCUGGUUCGGAGCAGACCAUACACCAGGCGCGCGAGAACACGGGGGCCUUUCACGUCGGGCACACGGCGGAUCCCGUGUACAUGGCCAUGUGCCACGGGCCCACGGCGUCCUGCUCGUUUGCGGGCUACGCCAUGGAGUCGGAGUGCCACACGGGCCAGCGGUGUGUCUACGACGUCGUUGCCGAUAAGGGCUGGCGCGUCGGCAUCGGGACGCACAGGAUACGAUCUGUCAUCAACGAUGUCCUCUUGAAGUACGACGAGGUGCCCUCUUGUGCGUCGACGCCGGAUUGCCGCGACUGCGCCAAGUGGAACUUUUACGAGAGCAACGGCACCGAGACGAGCUCGAGACCCGUGUCGUCGACGACGUCUGUGGUGCGCACGCGUACCGAGACGUGCAAGUCGCCGGGCUGGUGGGGGUGCCUCGACGAGUCGACCACCGUCAGCGGCACCAUGCCAUCGACGACCACGACGACCACGUCCACAUCCACAUCCACGUGCAAGACGCCGGGGUGGUUUGGCUGCAACGACGAGACGACAACGAGCGAGGCGACGGCGGGGCCCACACCCUCGAGCCCGGCGCCGACCUCGGCCUCGACGACGACGACGACGACGACGACGUGCAUCCUGCCCGGCCGGUUCUGGGGCUGCCGCGACGAGGUGUCGACGACGAAGCCGGCGACAAGCCCAGAGGUGACGCCGGCGCCGACACCCACUGCUGACCCGACCGAGGAGCCCUCGUUGGAGCCGACGUGCAAGCGGCGACACUGGUUCGGCUGGUGCAGGGAGUGGGACGACGAGGACGGCUGGAGGCCGGAGGAGAUUUGA